GAGGACCAGGACCAGGACCAGGAGGUGGACCCCUUAAAGCGCUCAGGGAUCCCUUUUGGAGGCCUCAUCCACGACAUCCGCCGCCGUUAUCCAAACUAUGUGACGGACCUGAAAGACGCCGUGGACAUGCAGUGUGUGGCCGCCGUCAUCUUCAUCUACUUUGCGGCGCUGUCUCCGACCAUCACCUUCGGAGGCCUUCUGGGUGAGAAAACAGAAGGCAUGAUGGGAGUUACUGAGCUGAUCGUCUCAACUGCCACCCUGGGAGUCAUCUUCUCACUGCUCGCCGGUCAGCCGCUUCUGAUCAUCGGCUUUUCAGGACCGUUACUGGUGUUUGAAGAAGCCUUCUAUAAGUUCUGUCAGACCCAGGGCUUCGAGUACCUGACGGGUCGGGUCUGGAUCGGCUUCUGGCUCAUCUUUAUCGUCCUGGUGAUCGUGGCGGCAGAAGGCAGCUUCCUGGUCCGAUACAUCUCACCCUUUACCCAGGAGAUCUUCGCUUUCCUCAUCUCCCUCAUAUUUAUUUAUGAGACUUUCUCCAAGCUUUUCAAGGUGUUUCAGGAACAUCCUCUGUUGGCCGUCUAUCCCAGUGACGGUCCUCUACCGGACCUUCAGAACCCAGAUGUGUUCAACCAGCCCAACACGGCCCUGCUGUCUCUGGUCCUCAUGAUGGGAACCUUCUUUGUGGCUUUCUUCCUCAGAAAGUUUAGAAACAGUCGAUUCUUGGGCGGAAAGGCUCGGAGGAUCAUCGGUGACUUUGGUAUUCCCAUCUCCAUUUUAGUGUCAGUGUUAGUGGACUAUUCUAUCACUGACACCUACACACAGAAACUCAACGUUCCCUCUGGUUUCUCCGUCACGUCUCCAGACAAACGGGGCUGGUUCAUCAGUCCCUUUGGGGACAAACGUCCCUUCCCCACAUGGAUGAUGGGGGCCUCGGUGGUCCCUGCCCUGCUGGUCUUCAUCCUCAUCUUCAUGGAAACUCAGAUCACUUCACUGAUCGUCAGUAAGAAGGAGCGUCGUCUGGUCAAAGGUUCGGGUUUCCACCUGGACCUGCUGCUCAUCGUCAUCCUGGGCGCCGUCUGUCCUCUGUUCGGACUUCCCUGGCUGACGGCGGCCACGGUGCGUUCGGUGACCCACGUCAACGCUCUGACGGUCAUGAGUAAAGCCACGGCACCCGGAGAGAAGCCCAUGAUCCAGGAGGUGAAGGAGCAGAGGCUGACGGGGCUGCUGGUGGCUGUGCUUGUAGGUCUGUCCAUAGUGAUGACAGACGUGCUCCGCCUCAUCCCAUUGGCUGUGCUGUUUGGUAUCUUCCUGUACAUGGGCGUCACCUCUUUAACGGGCAUCCAGCUGUACGAACGCAUCACACUGAUGUGCACGCCCGCCAAGCACCACCCAGACCACAUCUACGUCACCAAGGUGAAGACAUGGCGUAUGAACCUGUUCACGCUCAUCCAGCUGGCCUGCAUCGUGGCCUUAUGGGUAGUGAAGUCCACCGUGGCGUCGUUGGCGUUCCCCUUCGUCCUCAUCAUGACGGUUCCACUGAGACGCCUCAUACUGUCCAGGAUCUUUGAGGAACGGGAACUGCAGGCGCUGGACUGUGAUGAGGACUCUCCAAACUUUGACGAGGACGGACGGGACGAGUACAAUGAGAUCCACAUGUUGGUGUAAAGGUGACCGAAGAGCCAAUAGGAGCGCAGACCACGCCCCCCUCAGCUCCGACCAAUCACAGCAGGUGUCUGGAACCUGUGUGUGCAGGUGGUGGUGAGGAACCCACAGGAACCAGGACACCAGAGGGGCUCACACAAAUGCACAAAUAGUGAAAUAGCUCCAGAAGUAAAGCCUUUCUUCCUUUUGUUGUAGAGCACAUGUAACUGCAGCUUUGACCAGACGGACACUUUAGACCUGGGGGGUCAAACAUGAGGCCCGCGGGUCCAAAGCAGCCCACCUGAUGCUCCAGUCUGACCCAUGGAAUGUGUACAGUGUUAGUGAUCGUGUUCUAUGAGGGGCCGCAGACAGACCCGUGUGGUACAACCUUUAAACCAGGACGGCUCCAGAUGGUCUGUUCAUCUGGGUUCAGCCUGAGAACAGAUGGGAGUCCGUCUGUCUCAUCACAUGUGGAAUUAGAAAAGCUGUGGAAUUUCUAGCACUGAAUGUUUUUUGGCACUGAAAUUAAGUAUCUGAUUUUUUUUGUAUCUGAAUUCAACUAUGUUCAUAAAGUUAGAAUAAAAAAAAAAAAUAGAUACAAAAAAUUCAGAUGCAAAAAAUUCAGACAAAAACUUGCGAUCACACGUCCGCGCUGACCGUCUUCCUGCACCGGCGUCACAUGACCACGCUAACGUAACUGGAUUGGCCGGCUGUCAGUUGGACUUCAGACAGAAUCGGUUGCUUGUCCUUGGUGUCCCGGAUGUGUGAUGGGAAUUUUUUGCUUCUGAAUUUUUUAUUCUAAAUUUAUGAAUAUAGUUGAAUUGAGACAAAAAAUUCACAUAUUUAAUUUCACAGCAAAAAAAUUCAGCGCAAGCAAUUCAAAAACUUUUAUAAUUCCAAAUCUGAUGAGACAGACUGACUUCCAUAAAAAAGUCAAAUUACAUGAUGAAGUUAUUUAUAGUUCCAAACCCUCCUUUCACCAAACAUGUCAAUCAUCUCAUCAACCAUGAAUUCCCUGGAAGUUCAGAAGAAAAACAGCUGCACUUGGACCAGUAUCCAUCCUCACUUUAUCAUUUGUACAUGUUCAUUUUAACACACACACACACAUUUAACAACACACUGAACUGUGACCUCUGUACUUUCAGUCUGUCUUGUUCAUGUUUAGUUCAGGACGUUCACAUGUUUUGGUGAAAAGGAGAGUUUAUAAAUGUCAACAUUUUCAUGUCUUUUCCUUUUUUUCACUAAAGUGAAUCCUGAGUGUGUGUGCGUGUGUGUGCGUGUGUGUGCGUGUGUGCGCGUGUGUGUGUGCGUGUGUGCGCGUGUGUGUGUGCGUGUGUGCGCGUGUGUGUGUAUCCUGACAGUAUUUUCCUGAUCACACUGGUCUGUCUGUGGAACUGCAACUCAAAUGGUCGUUCACAUGUUCAGUGUAAGUAGUGCACUUCACACAUU